CGAGCCAGCGUUCAACCUAAUCAUAAUUACUUCAACGAUCAACUUCGGAUCCCAUUUGUAAAACUUUCCAUCUGUUUGUCACUUCUAUCGGGUUUAAAUUGUGGAUCUCGCCAAAAGAAGACUGACGCAGUGCACAGGCAGUACUACUACAAUGUCUCAAGAUACCGAUGAUCUAUCUAAAGAGGUUGAGCUCAUGAAUCUCAACGAAAGCCACGUGGAUGGCUUAAAAAGCAUUUCCCUAAAACUCAUCUGCGCUGGCAUCCAGCGUAUCCUCUCCCCAGGCCUAGAGACCAUCUCCGCUUCAUCCUGGGCCUCGGUCGAGUCUUUGCUCCAGAGCACUGCGAAGAACAUUUCAUCCGUCCAUGAUACUCCUUCGGAUAUCAAGGAUGCCGCGGAGUACUUCUCUACCAUCACCGAAUGGAUUCGGGCCUGGGCAAAAGACCUUCAACAGGCCAUAUCUGCGCUGCAUUCUCCCGAAGAGAAACAAAAGUUAGUCUCUUUGCAAGUAGUAGAAAAGGUUGAAGCGGCCGAACGAUCCGCUAAGCUGGCUUCCACGAUCAGUGGAUCAUGUCAGGUGCUACUGGCAAACAUGGGGAAGCGGACAGAAUGGGAGAUACAACACCCCAUUGAGGCAGCUCAAGAAUUCGAGCUUCACGAAUAUUCUCGGAGUUUAUCUAGCUCGUUAUUGCAAUCACAGGGUGGUAAGGCAUUAAAUGAUAUCCCGGGAGAGAGGUGGGCAGAAGCGGAGAAGCAGCUACGGAGUCUCGAAAAUUACCUAAAGGAACACAAGAUCCAGGCUGUCAGAAUUCGAGAAACCAAAAUAGACAAAGUAAUGGUUGCCCUCCUCAAGGCCGUUGAACGCCUCGAUGAGACUGGAAUCAACCGCCAGAAAGUCGACGUGGCCCAGGCAGAACGUAUCUGGGGUCUAGUCGACAAGCUCGGGAGUGGCCUGAGCUAUUUACUCCAGGUCGAUGCCAGACGUCGUGAGGGCGAAGCCGUGCCCACGACCCACUCAAUAUUCCUUCUGAAAUCCGCACCACCAGCAAACCUCAAAUACUCCGCAUCGCCAUCUGACUGGAUAGCGAAGCAGCUUGCGAAGUCUGCGGCGUAUCUUGAUGCGGUCGUGAUUCAAGGUAACAUUGCCGUCAACGAUGAGAAGGGCUGGAGUGUGGUAUUCCAAGAACUGUCUGCGCUGGAAGACUUGCUAAUUUCCGGGGUGACGUUGACGAACGCCAAAGAGUCGAAGAUUGACGAGACACUGAAAGGUGUGGGAGAAAAGAUUCGGGGUCUGGAGGCUAAUAGGAAUGGGAAGGAUGAAGGCGACCUGAGCCUUAUGUAUGUUAGUUGGGAGUUAGCCCUGAGGAUAAGUGCCUACUUCAACGAACUGGAGGCCUGAACGGCCUCGUCCGAAGUAUAAUCCGACAAGGAAUUGCCGAGGAUGCCUCAAUUAUGGCAUGCUUUGCAGGCAAGGGUAUCACGACUAGCAAGAGAAUAAGGAGCUGGGCGUUCAAGCGCUACUCGUGGUGCCUCCACAACAAAGUAUAGCGGGACAGAGGCCAGACUUUUAACGGAAUAGUCAUACGAACCGACCAAGACGCAUCCAGUUACGAUCGCGAUUAGUACGAAUAAUUACUUCGGAAUGAAAGGAAUAGGCUGUGAAUUUGCAACAAUGGAGCACCAAAAAAAAAAGCAUAGAUGCGAAGGAGAACAGGUGUCAUAAGGGGAACUACCCAAGCCAAUAAGAUAAAUAUAGUAGCCACAUAUAUGUCCAU